AUGCCUAACCCUCCUUCAUUUAAGUCACAUAAGCAAAAUAUAUUCAACUCCAACAACAAUCAGCACAGAAAUAGUGUAGAUUCAUUCGACUUACAUCUCGACGAUUCAUUUGACGCUGCCUUAGACAAUUUACAAAUCGACAAUAAUCCAGAACCACUAAGUAAGCACAAUACUGUUGGAGACAGAGAAAGUUUUGAAAUGAGAACGGUAGACGACUUUUCGAAUCUGUCUACAGAUUCACAUCGUAAGUCUUCAAAUACAGAUACCCGUCCUUUAAUGUACGACAAUCGCCUCUCGCAGGACGAUAGUUUCAAAUUUACUAAUAUUGCUUCAUCACCAUCACCAUCUUCGAAUAAUUUUUUUUCAAAAGCUCUCUCAUUUUUAAAGAUGUCGACCUCUAAAAACUGGUCCAAGUUUGGAUCUCCCAUUGAACUUGGCGAUCAACACGUAGAAAGAGAAAUACACCCAGAUACAACGCCUGUAUAUGAUAGAAAUAGAUAUGCGUCCAACGAAGUAUCCAAUGCGAAAUAUAAUGCUGUGACAUUUGUGCCAACUCUAUUGUAUGAGCAGUUUAAAUUUUUUUAUAACUUAUACUUUUUGGUGGUCGCAUUAUCGCAAGCCGUUCCUGCGUUAAGAAUAGGGUAUCUAUCAUCAUAUAUAGUACCACUAGCGUUUGUGCUGACGGUUACAAUGGUAAAGGAAGCUAUAGAUGAUAUACAAAGAAGAAGACGUGAUAGAGAAUCCAACAAUGAACUAUACCAUGUAAUAACAAGAAACCGUUCUAUUCCAAGUAAAGAUCUAAAAGUUGGAGAUCUCAUAAAAGUUCAUAAAGGUGAUCGUAUUCCUGCUGACUUAAUCCUUCUGCAAUCUAGCGAACCAUCUGGGGAAUCAUUCAUAAAGACCGAUCAAUUAGAUGGUGAAACUGACUGGAAGUUACGUGUUGCGUGCCCUCUAACCCAAAAUCUGUCCGAAAAUGAUUUGAUCAACAGAAUUAGUAUAACGGCUUCUGCACCUGAGAAAUCCAUUCACGAAUUCUUGGGUAAAGUCACGUACAAGGACUCCACUUCAAACCCUUUAUCUGUUGACAACACUCUCUGGGCAAACACUGUUUUAGCUUCUAGCGGAUUUUGUAUUGGCUGCGUUAUCUAUACGGGUAGAGAUACUAGACAAGCUAUGAAUACAACUUCAGCCAAAGUUAAAACUGGCUUGCUAGAGCUGGAAAUCAAUAGUAUUUCCAAGAUUCUUUGUGUGUGUGUUUUCGCCCUGUCUAUUCUUUUGGUCGCAUUUGCUGGUUUCCACAAUGACGAUUGGUAUGUCGACAUUAUGAGAUAUCUGAUCUUGUUUUCCACCAUUAUUCCCGUGUCCUUAAGAGUUAACCUGGAUUUAGCCAAGACUGUUUAUGCUCACCAAAUCGAACACGAUAAAACUAUUCCUGAAACGAUCGUAAGAACAAGUACAAUUCCUGAGGAUUUAGGUCGUAUUGAAUACCUUUUAAGUGACAAAACAGGUACGCUUACUCAGAAUGAUAUGGAACUGAAAAAAAUUCACCUAGGAACUGUAUCAUACACAUCAGAAACAUUAGACAUUGUGUCCGACUAUGUUCAGUCUUUGGUAGAUUCUAAAACUGACUCUUUGAAUAAUUCUAAAAUUCCUCUAUCAACAGCAAGAAAAGACAUGCCCUCACGUGUACGUGAUAUGGUUAUUGCAUUAGCAAUCUGUCACAAUGUCACACCCACUUUUGAAGAUGAUGAACUAACCUAUCAAGCAGCAUCACCGGAUGAAAUCGCUAUCGUUAAAUUUACCGAAUCUGUCGGAUUGUCUCUUUUCAAAAGAGAUCGUCAUUCGAUCUCUCUGUUACAUGAACAUUCUGGGAAAACUUUAAAUUAUGAAAUUUUACAAGUUUUCCCUUUCAAUUCGGAUUCCAAACGUAUGGGUAUAAUUGUUCGUGAUGAACAACAGGGUGAAUACUGGUUUAUGCAAAAGGGUGCCGAUACAGUAAUGGCAAAAAUUGUAGAAAGUAAUGACUGGCUAGAGGAAGAAACAGGGAACAUGGCUCGUGAAGGUUUACGUACUCUGGUUAUCGGCCGUAAAAAAUUAAACAAGAAAAUUUAUGAACAAUUCCAAAAAGAAUACAAGGACGCUUCUUUAUCAAUGCUAAACCGUGAUCAGCAAAUGGGUCAAGUUAUUGGUAAAUAUCUGGAACAUGACCUUGAGUUAUUGGGUCUGACCGGUGUGGAGGAUAAAUUACAGAAGGAUGUGAAAUCUUCCAUCGAAUUACUUAGAAACGCCGGUAUUAAAAUUUGGAUGUUGACAGGAGAUAAAGUAGAAACAGCCCGUUGUGUUUCCAUAAGCGCAAAAUUGAUUUCUCGUGGUCAGUACGUUCAUACCAUAACCAAAGUAACGAGACCGGAAGGUGCAUUCAAUCAGUUGGAAUAUCUAAAGAUUAAUAAAAAUGCUUGUCUUCUAAUAGAUGGUGAAUCAUUGGCAAUGUUUUUAAAGCAUUAUGAACAAGAGUUCUUUGACGUUGUGGUACAUCUGCCAACUGUGAUUGCCUGUCGUUGUACACCUCAACAAAAGGCGGAUGUUGCUUUGGUAAUUCGUAGAAUAACGGGUAAAAGAGUGUGUUGUAUUGGUGAUGGUGGUAAUGAUGUUAGUAUGAUUCAAUGCGCAGAUGUUGGUGUUGGUAUUGUGGGUAAAGAAGGUAAACAGGCUUCGUUAGCCGCUGAUUUUUCUAUAACACAAUUUUGUCACCUUACUGAAUUGCUAUUGUGGCACGGCAGAAACUCGUAUAAAAGAUCGGCAAAAUUGGCUCAGUUUGUUAUGCAUAGAGGUUUAAUUAUUGCCAUUUGCCAGGCAGUCUAUUCCGUUUGUUCAUUGUUCGAACCUAUUGCACUUUAUCAAGGUUGGUUAAUGGUUGGUUAUGCUACUUGUUAUACAAUGGCUCCAGUCUUUUCAUUAACUCUUGACCAUGAUAUUGAGGAAUCGCUAACAAAGAUAUACCCAGAACUGUACAAAGAAUUGACAGAAGGCAAGAGUUUAUCGUACAAAACGUUUUUUGUUUGGGUUUUACUUUCAUUAUUCCAGGGUUCUGUAAUUCAAUUGUUUUCACAGACUUUUACAAGUCUAUAUGAGAAUGAUUUCGUUAAAAUGGUUGCUAUCAGUUUCACCGCCUUAAUUUUGAAUGAACUGAUCAUGGUUGCUUUAGAAAUUUACACGUGGAAUAAAACCAUGUUUUUUACUGAAAUUGCCACUUUGUUGUUUUACGUAGCAUCUGUUCCAUUCCUAGGUGAUUAUUUUGAUUUAAGUUUUAUGACCACCGUAAAAUUUUAUGCUGAACUCUUGGUGAUCCUACUAAUUUCGGUCUUCCCUGUCUGGACGGCAAAGGCAAUUUAUAGAAGACUACAUCCUCCAAGUUAUGCAAAAGUGCAAGAAUUCGCCACGCCGUGA